CAGCUGCUUGCAAACAUAAAUAAUACAUUUUGUUAGUUUUAGCCGGUGAAUUCUUUGUUUUCCAGCUUAAAAUUAAUUGUUUAAAACAGUGAAAUGGAUAAUUUGGAGUCCAAAGAAGUGGAAAGCACCAGCAAAGUGAUGGAAAACAAGGAAAAUGAGAGGGAAUUUGACAGAACUACCGGCGUCGCCACUGAAGAAGAGGAAGAAGUGGUAGCGUCUUCCCAUAAGAAGAAGAACGUGGAGGAGGAGGAAGAUGAUAAAGCUGUGGUUGGGAGAGAGAAGAAAGACGAAGAGUGCGCCAGAGAGAAAGAGACAGCGAAACAACAAAAGUGCCUGGACAAAAACACCUGUAGCUGCCCCCAACUGGAGGCGGAGGCCAUCAAGGACAACCGCCAGCUGCUGGAGUUCCGCGUGCGGAGCAGGGACAUCGACUGGCGCCACUAUGUCCAGCCCCUGGACACCAAGAUUCGAUCGGGAGCGGUAUACUUGGAGCGCCAGGUGGACUUCGUGGGCAGCCACCGGCGACCGGUGACCGAGGAUAAUCGCAGGGAACUGCUCGUCUGCCACGAUAUGAUGGGCAACUACCUCGAGGAUCGGCACUUUCACAGCUCGGAAAAGUACGACGACUAUCGAUUCGUGCACUGGUCAGCCGUGGAUUACUUCUGUUACUUCAGCCACCAGUACGUGACCAUUCCGCCCUGCGGUUGGCUGAACGCCGCCCAUCGUCACGGUGUUCCCGUGGUGGGCACGUUCAUCGUGGAGGCUCCGGGACUGCUGAACGAGGUCCUGGCCACCGAGGAAACCGUUUCGAGGACCGUGGAAGCCCUAACCCGCCUCUGCGAGCACUUCGGCUUCGAGGGAUGGCUGGUCAACGUGGAGGUAACCGUUCCCCAGCGCAAUAUGCCCAAUCUCUACCGCUUUGUCCGAGAACUGACCGCCGCCACGGAGGCACGUGUGCCCCACGGACGUGUCUUUUGGUACGACAGCGUUUUGGAGAGCGGCGAACUGCUGUGGCAGAACGAGCUCAACUCCCGCAACGUGGAGUUUUUCCGGCGCAGCCACGGAACCCUGAUAAACUACGCCUGGAACGAAGGCCACUUGGAGCGGAGUGCCGAGCAGGCCAAGAGGGAGCAAUCGCCACGGCAUCGCGUCUUCAUGGGAUUGGAUGUGUUCGGAAGAAGUCGCAAAGGCGGUUUCCAGAGUCUGGAGACCAUGGAGCACAUAGCGAACAAUGGCUUCUCGGCGGGGAUCUUUGCACCUGGCUGGUCCUUUGAAACCCUCAGUCGCUUUGGGUACAACAUCAAAAACCCACGCGGCGAUGAGCAGGUGAACUCGGCCUUCUUGGCCAGAAACGAGGCGUGGUGGGCUCGCAUUUGGCCCACUUUGGCCACACAUCCGUACAGUUCGCUGCCGUUCUUCACGGACUUUUGCGUGGGUUCCGGACGGGCGAGCUACGAGCGGGGAUUCAGGAUUGCUGGCGAGGACAUGCCCUUCCUCAACCUGUCGCGGCAGUCGCUGCAGCCAUCGGUGCCGCUGGACAAGAAUGCAGUGCAUCAUUUCGACGAGGCCUUCUCGGGCGGCUGCUCCCUUCUGGUGACCAACUACGAACGGGCCUUCCGGCUCUUUGUCACUGAUUUUGAACUGACCCGUGGCGUUCUGCUCCUGGGCUAUGCCUAUAAAAUUAAUGGCGAUGACGUGGCCACCAACUUUGAUUUGCUGGUGCGAGUGACUGCGCUGAAUAGGAACGAUGCGGAGCUUUAUCUGUUUUGCGGGGAAUAUAGCGGCUCAAUUGUGGCUCCACAGCGCUGCUAUCUAUCACCCACACCCACCGAUGGUGUCCUGCCACGCGUCCAUGCCAAACUGCCGCAGGACACCAGACUCCUGGCAUCGGGCUGGCAGGUGCGUUACUACCUGGUCAAGUUCGAUGGGCCCGUUAGGGUCCAGGAUAUUGGUGUGAAGUGCCAGCGGCCGGCGGAAUCGAAAACGGAGGCUCAGUUGGGCGCCGUUUUUGUGGAGGCUCUGCCGCUGGAGGCUUUGACGGACACGCGGACAGACAUUCCGGUCUACGGCAGGAACAUGUGGGAUGAGCAGCGGGCUUAAAGCCCCAGUUGGUUAAAUCAAUAACUUUUUUUUUUGAUAAUUUAUAAGUGUAUAGAUGUUGCACAAAAAACUUAUUUCUAAAUAUGUAAAUGUGUUCAAAAUAUAACCGUAACAAAGCUGAAAA